AUGGUCGAGACGGCUGCCCCGUGCAACGCCGUUGACCAUGAAGCUAUUGGGACUGCUGCAAUGCUCACAGACAAACGUCUCUAUGAUACUCGCAGUGCGGCAUCGGCCGGUCCGAGCGAACUCGCGAGUAGCUCCAGCCGCGACGUCGACCUCCGCGCCCAAGUGCAAGCGGCUCUAACCCGUCUCUUGAAGGCGAGUUCGGCGUUCAAGGACCUGCAGCCAGGGAACGACUCGCACGUGUCGACGCGCGAAGAGACGAUCGCGAUGAUGCAGCACUACCUCAAGCGUCUGAAGCUCGACGAUGUGGUCGAGAGCGGCUCGUCACGCGCGCUCUCGGUCGUGCACGUCGCUGGCACGAAAGGCAAAGGCUCGACGUGCGCUAUGGUGGAACGCAUCUUGCGUCAAGCAGGCUACAAGACGGGUCUCUUCACGUCGCCGCAUCUCGUGUCGCCCUGCGAGCGGUUCCGCGUCAAUGGCAAACCCAUUGCAGACGACGUGUUCUUGCAGCACUUUGAUGCUGUGUGGGACGGCCUCGAGCGCACGCAGGACGAGAGCGCUCCGUACCCGCCGAUGGCCUGGUUCUUCCGCUUCCUCACGCUCAUGGCGCUGCACGUCUUUGUCGACGAGAACGUGGACGUGGUGGUCUUGGAAGUUGGACUGGGCGGACGCUUAGAUGCCACGAACGUGUUCCGUGAGCCAGUCGUGUGCGGCAUCUCGACACUUGAUCUGGACCACACGCACGUCCUGGGCGAGACGCUGGACCUGAUCGCCUACGCCAAAGCUGGGAUAUUCAAGCCAGGUGUGCCAGCCUUUACAACGGCACAAGAGCCGGUUGCAAUGCAAAUGCUGACGAAAUGCGCCUCGGAGACUGGCACUCCACUUGUGUGUGUGCCAACGCUCGAUGGCUAUGGUCCCGACGGCGUGCACUGCAAACUUGGACUGUGCGGGGAUUACCAGCGUACAAAUGCAGGACUGGCCGUCGCCUUGGCCACGACGUGGCUGCGUAAGAAGCGUGGCAAAGACGCAAUUGCUCCAUCGGCCUUUGGUAAGGCUCUGACACCAGUCGUAAAAGAAGGACUUGAGAACGCGUUCUGGCCUGGUCGAGCGCAGUUAUGGGAGGACAAAGCGCACAGGAUGCGGUUUUUCAUUGACGGUGCGCACACGCUGCGAAGCCUUGAGUGCUGUGCGGACUGGUUCGGACAAGCUACUACAGGUCGACCAGCGCCGAACGAUCGACUUGUGCUUGUAUUUACGAUUCAUCACGAACGCAAUGUGGCACAGCUGUUCAAGCCGCUGAUGGAGCAACGCUUUGAUCGCGUCUACUUUGCCCCCACUUGCUCAAUCCGCCCGAGCCUGGCCAAGGUACACACCUUCUCUGAAGCUCUCCAGCAUGCUGGUUUCGACGAUGUGUUGGCCACGUACUCGUCAAAAGAGCUGGCGGUUUUAGAUGAUGUGGAAAGCGAAGUGCACCCGUGGCAAACGACGCUCUCGCGAAUUUGGUUUGCCCUGAAGACUCGCGUCAUGAAAGAAGAUCAGAGUAACUGCAUCAUUGCUGUCAAAAGCUCAGUGAUGGACUGCAUCAGUGAGCUGCGGUCACUGUCUGAUGAUGUAAAUGGCUCACUGAUCGAAGACAGGGUUGAGAAAAGUGAGCGGCGCAACAAGGUCUGGAGCGUGUUGGUGACGGGCUCAUUGAUUCUCGGCGGUGAGGCGCUAGAGGUUUUGGGCUGGCAAGAAUGA